UUGGACGUAAAAUUAAGCAGCGACGUUUCAGGAAGUGUCGCUUCAUAUCGCCAGUAUCCCCCGGUGUCGGUAGGGUUGUUAAAGCUGAUUUCUCGUUGUUAUAAUUGUUCUUAAUUGUUCUUUUUUUACGUUAAAUGUUAAUUUAAGGGGUAUUUAACUAUCAAAUCGGAAAUAUUUGGUGUUGGGGAAGUGCAGCCUGAAAGCAAAACUUGGCUUUUUCGUCAACAUUAAGACAAACACUGCGAAUGCAAGCAACUACUAUUGCAAUUUUUAAAUUUGGAAAGUAAAAAAAAAAAAAGCCAGUGCAAGUUUAGUGAUGGCGUGGCAUUAGGCUAGCGACCGUUGUUUGUGUGCUGCAAGGAUUAUGCAGACAAAACACGGACGCUACUCCGAUCAUUUGAACGCACCAGAAGCGUCCUGUUUUACACGUCUUAUAUUAAGACAUCUGGCAAAAGAGCUAGUAGCGAGCAUUCGGCCACGACCGACCGUGUUUGCACGUCGCCAUGGAAGAAGAAGCCUUUGCCCAGAUAGUGAGCGCUGUCAACCAGCUGGUGUCAUGGGUGGCGGCCGGGGCUAUGGUGUUCGGCGGGGUGGUUCCGUACAUCCCGCAGUACCGGGACAUCCGGCGCACACAGAGCGCCGAGGGCUUCUCCACCUAUGUGUGCUUGGUCCUCCUGGUGGCUAACAUCCUACGAAUCCUCUUCAGAUUCGGCCGCUACUUUGAGACACUGCUGCUGUGGCAGAGCAUCAUCAUGAUCGCCACCAUGCUGGUCAUGCUCAACCUGUGCACCAGCGUCCGCAUGGCCACGGAACUCAACACCAAAAGACGCUCAUUUCUAGCGACAGACAUUAAGGAGGAGGAGGUCAGAAUCCCUAAGAGGCUCUUUCUGGACUUCGACUGGAGCUACUUCUGGUCGUGGAGCCGCUUCUUGGACUACUUGCAGUGCGUGGUGGCCUUCACGCUGGUGUCGGCCUACGUCACCUACGUGCUCCUGGACUCAGCCGUCUUCGUUGAGUCGCUGGGCUUCCUGGCGGUGUUCACGGAGGCCAUGCUGGGGACGCCGCAGCUUUACUGCAACCACCAGAACAAGUCGACAGAAGGCAUGAGCAUCAAGAUGGUGCUGAUGUGGACAAGCGGCGACACCUUCAAGACAGUCUACUUCCUGCUCACCCAGGCGCCCGUGCAGUUCUGGACGUGCGGCCUGCUGCAGGUAAUUGUGGACUUUGCCAUCCUCUUCCAAGUUUACUACUAUAGUCGCUACCCACACAAGCCGGCGUCGCACACCGUCUCCCACACCACUAGUGCCAAAGCCCUCUGAGAUCUCGCCAAGAGUGGGAACCGGAAAAAAAAACCUGUUUAUUUAUGAUACUCAGUAUGAAUAAAAAGUUACUGUAGUAUUGCUAGGGACAUGUACAGUAGUGAAGGCAUUCAUAUGGCCCCAUUCAAGGAAGGUGGGGGGUUAAUCAUUUUGCACUGCAGUCUGCUGAAAAUAAUGGAAAGCGGCACUCUACAUAGCAAAUGGUCAAAGUGGGAGUUGUUACAAAAUGUAUUUUAAGAUAUUCAACACCCCCCCCCCCCCCCCCCCCUCCAAAUUUGUCACGUUUCAAGUGUCAGGUCAACCGUGACGAAUGGGGCCAAAUGAAUCCCCUUCCUGCUGAAAGUGAAAAUGGAGGAUUUUGGAGUGUUUUCAUGGGGAACUUACCCCUUUUUAAGGGGUUUAUGUCAGUGUUCUGAAGUUGAACUCUUGUGGACUAAGAAAAAAAGUGUUCACCCAGGACUGAAAGCAAAAGGCAAAGAUGAAGACUGCAAAUUCAUGCGGAGAAUCUUUUUUUGCACAGACUUUGUGGGUUGACUGUUGCAUGGCCGCCCUUCCUCUGCCUUAAAACCCCACAAUCAGACAUGGACAACCCAGUUCUAUAUAUCAUUGAAUGUACAACAAGGCAUUUUUUUUUCAUGUCGAACAAUCAAAGGUCAAAGUGUAUAAGAACAAACAAGAGCAGACUUCCAAAAGGAUCCCUUGAAGAACAAUUUUUUUCCUCAAAGAUGAAUUGUGAAUGGUUCAAUUCUCUACCGGAAUCGUAUCUUCUCAGCCAUCACACCACCGCAUGACCCUCGUAUUCAUUACAUUGCCAAUAUAACACCUCCUUCUCGUCCGUCCAUCCUUGUCAUUUUAUUUUUUUUACAUGAAAAUUAAUUUCCUGUUCAGUUGAAUACCGAAUCAGACCCUCAUCACCUGAAGAAUCAGAACAUCGUCACCUGAAGGCCCUUAUCUUCCCUGCAAGCCAUAUAUAUAUAU